AUAGACCGUUUUUCCAUAAUUAAACAAACAGUUUGGCAAAAGAUUUUGAGAGGGAGAAAAAGGCGAUCGAUUAGGGUUUUUUGUUUUCGUCUGCAUAUUGAAGAUGAUCGGAGUUAUGAACUCGGUGGAGGCUGUGAUAACGUCAAUCCAAGGCUUAUCGGCGAGUUCAGAGGAUUUAUCCGCACUACACGAUCUUUUGAGAGGAGCUCAAGACUCGCUCCGAGCCGAACCAGAUGUUAAUUUCUCUACUCUUGACCAGCUCGACGCCUCGAAGCACUCUCUCGGUUACCUGUAUUUCCUUGAGGUUCUUACUUGUGGUCCAGUGUCCAAGGAGAAAGCUUCUUAUGAGAUUCCGAUAAUUUCACGGUUCAUCAACUCUUGUGAUGCUGGGCAGAUUCGUUUGGCGAGCGAUAAAUUUGUAUCUCUUUGUAAGAGAUUGAAAGAUCAUGUUUUAGAACUGAGAGAUCCCUUGCGAGGGGUAGGGCCUCUGUUGACCGCUGUUCAGAAGCUUCAGGUCUCCACCAAACGUUUGACUGCAUUGCAUCCAGAUCUUCUUCAACUCUGUUUGCAGGCGAAAUCGUACAAAUCUGGUUUCUCCAUUCUUAGUGAUGAUAUCGUGGAGGUUGACCAGCCAAGAGACUUAUUUCUCUAUUGCUAUUAUGGGGGAAUGAUAUGUAUUGGACUGAAGAGAUUUCAGAAAGCAUUAGAGCUUCUUUACAAUGUUGUGACUGCUCCUAUGCAUCAAGUCAAUGCCAUAGCCCUUGAGGCGUACAAAAAGUACAUAUUGGUGUCUCUCAUUCACAAUGGGCAGUUUACUAACAGUCUCCCCAAGUGUGCUUCUACAGCAGCGCAGAGGAACUUCAAGACCUUUUCCGGACCUUACAUUGAACUGGGUAAUUGUUACAACGACGGGAAGAUUGGUGAACUUGAGGCAUUGGUUGUGGCCAAGAGCACAGAAUUUGAAAAUGAUAAGAACCUUGGAUUAGUUAAGCAAGCAGUGUCAUCUCUUUACAAGCGUAACAUUCUGAGAUUGACACAGAAGUACUUGACCUUGUCGCUUCAAGAUAUAGCCAACAUGGUCCAACUUGGUAAUGCUAAGGAGGCGGAAAUGCAUGUGCUUCAGAUGAUCCAGGAUGGUCAGAUACAUGCCCUUAUCAACCAGAAAGACGGAAUGGUCAGAUUCUUGGAGGACCCUGAGCAGUACAAAUCUAGUGCGAUGAUCGAGGUCAUGGAUUCUGUUAUACAAAGGACUAUUGGGCUGUCGAAGAAUCUCUUAGCCAUGGAUGAGAGCUUAUCCUGUGACCCUUUAUACUUGGGAAAGGUUGGAAGGGAAAGACAAAGGUAUGACUUUGGAGACGAUUUUGAUACUGUCCCCCAGAAGUUCUCCAUGUAAUGAGCAAAAGACCAAGAGCACCAACAAAACUUGGCUCAAAGACAACCUUAGUUGUGAAUCUUGAGAAUGUUACUUUUGAUUUCUUUGUUCAUUUUUGUUGGUUUAAAAAGUUUCAUAUUUUUGUCACAAUGGCCAACAAGUAGAGGAGAAGACCAUUCCCGCAAAUCUUUUAUUUUUACUUUA